GAUGCUGUUUAAGUUGUUUAGUUGGUACAUUGUCCGGAAACAUCAUAGGGUACAUUUUGGGUGGGAUUGAUUUCUAUGUUUUCUUUUAUGAAUUGCAAAAUGAUGUCAAUCCUAUUUCACUUUUACUUUUCUGGACUGAUUUGUGGACAAUUUUAUUUGCUGUCUAUACCACAAUUGAAGCAUAUAUCGGUGGAGAAGUUCAAGAGAAAGAAUUAGAGUUUGAUCUUGAGAAUUAUCUAUCAAAUAAUUAG